AUGCUCAGCGCACUCUACAGCGGCAUUGGACAUGUUAUAGACUACUUCACCGCCGAAGCCCCCGCCAGCUCCAGCUCCAGCUCCUCAGAACCGCACCAACCAACCAUGCAGGAUCUCAUUGCUGUCCGGACUACCCUCACCAAAUUCGUGCCGCCAGAACUGGCCUACAUAAUCCUUGAUUUUGCCAACUACUGGACUUCAUACUCGCUCGAGUGCACGAAAAGUCAGAGCGCCUCGGCAUCUAUGUCGCCCAAUACCGACGCGACGAAUAUAUAUCUGGUUUCUGACCCCAUACUCCCGCCGAAUGGAAUACGGGUUCGCGGCGUGCAGUUUGUAGUGCGCAGUCGAGAUCAGGGAUGGUGCAACGAUGGAAAUCUUCGGGAAACUUAUCAUGGUGCGACAUGGCACGAAGCUGCCAUUCUCCGGCCAUCGACCCCACAAACCUCGGAUGUAAUACGGUGGCUGGCCCUCAACUCACCAAUGGAACUUGAGUCGUCCGCCAUCGUCGCUGGAUAUACGCCCCAGCUUGAGGUCCACUCGUCCUGGGACGCGGCCAAGUCACGAUGGCUUGUGCAGAAGAACUUUACCGCUUCGUACGAGUCGAGGACCCACUCAGUCUCGUGGUAUCACGAUACCGGGGAAAAGUUUGCAAAGAAUGAUCUAGAUGAACAAACGGGCGCUGGUGACGGGAGAGGUUUCGUCCAGCUCCUAACUCCAGGCGACAGAAUUGCGUUGAUGGUUAGAGCACGGUAUCCUGGCUGGGUUAAUCACAUAGAAAGAGCUGCGAUUAUUGUGUAUUAUGCACUUGCUUAG